AUGGUCGCGGCCCCCCUUCCCGUAGUAUCCAGCCACGACGCCUCAGACGAGGAGGAAGAGUGCCCCGUCUGUCUAGAGCCCCUCAGCUUCAGCUUCAGGCUCCCUGGCGAGAAACCCCACAUCGUACCAGAGUGCGGUCAUGCUCUUCAUGAGGCAUGCUUCAUUGCAGUUUACGGACCAACGCCGAGCACUUCCAAAGCCGGCAAUGUUAUCCGAAAAUCCAACUUGGGCGUGUGCGGCGUGUGCAGACGACCCAUGAAAGUUGGCGACGGCGAUGGUGGAAAAUCCAACAAACUUGCUGCUCUCACGGGUAUGGGCGACCCAAACGGCCCCUCCCUAUACCCAGGCAGAGAGACCCCGUCAUCCCUGCGUUCCUUCAACACAAACGCGCGAAACACAGUUACCGUCACCAAACCGUACGACCCGAACGAAGACGACCCGGUCGAGCACGCGCCAAAGUCCCCGAAUCCGCACGACUAUUCGCCGUACAUCGUCGCACCGUCGAUCCAAGUGCGAUCCGAGUUCUCGACGAUCACGCGCACCGCCGAGCAGAGCCAGCCGCUGACGUGCAUCGUCGUCGUCGAAUUACCCGGGAAGCGGUCGAGCACGCACGUCCCCGGCGCGGUCAUGCCCGCGCACGACUCAUACUCGUCCAGCAGCCCAACUCCAUACCCGGUAGACUCGCGCAGUCAGUCCGUGCGCUCCAGCCCGCGCCCGCAAUACGCGAUCCCGCCACACGAUCCGCCCGCACCGCCCGCGUCGCAGGUGCACACGCACCGAGUCUCGCCCGUCUCUUCCCAGGAACCGCUGCUCGCGAGCCUGCAGGAGCGCGAGGAGCCGCAGGAGGAGGAGAGCUCGCCGUUCACGGCGAUCACGGAGGACCUGCGCGCGCGCAUCAUCGACUGGAAGGGCCACCCGCUCGAGGGCCUCGGGUCGCUGCAGAUGUACGACCUCCUGUCUGUGCGCCGCGACGCGCUCGUGCGCGAGUUUUUCGUGUACCUCUUCCGCGAGGCGAUCAUCUGCGUGGUCGAGGAGAAGAAGCGCACGCUGGGGCGUCUGCUGUCCUCUGCGUCGGGCGCGGCCGCUGCAUUCAGCGAUGGGACGGGGAUGGGCUCUGCUGGUCCGUCUGUCUCAAAGGGCGUGCUCCGCCUCAAGGGCCGAAUUUACAUCAGGCACAUCAAGCAAGUCACGGACACGUCCGUCCAGGGUGAACUGAGCCUGACGAUUGACAUGGAGGAUGAGCGGCUGGACUCGUUCAUCCUGAUCUUCAAGGACCGGUCCUCGCUUGAGACGUGGAAAGCACACAUCCAGUCGCUCGUUGCCGUCUACCAGCAGCAGGCGGCGGCGGCGCAGCAGCCCUCCCUGCAUGCCCCACAGCCCGUUUACGAGCGCGCGCCGGACCUCGAGGAGUUCGGCGGCAGCCAGAAGGCGAUGCGCAUGCUCAGCGGGAGCACGACGGGCACGACGGCAAGUACCAUGGACAGCCUGUUGAACGGAUCGUCACGAUCGACCAUCUCCUCACAGACGUCCUAUGGCUCUGCCGCGGGCUCCCGGGGCCUCCACCAAAAGCUGUCCACGCUGGAGGAGGACGACGAGCUCACGCGAUACAACUCCCCCACCCCGCUCGUCGCGCCCCACCUCUCGAGUGGCCCGUCCAACUCGCUCAGCCCGCUCCCGCACCCGCCGCUCGAUCUUAUCUUGGUCAUCUCCAUACCCUCUCCUCAUGCGACGCCGAGCACCGCUGCGCUUAAAGUACGCGUUAUCCGCGCGUCGCUUGAUUUUAUCCUGGCGUCUCUUGCGCCCAAGGACCGUCUUAGCUUGGUUACGUUCGAGGUCGGCAUUGGCGGCAAGGUGCGCAAGACGCCGUUCCUGUGCCCCGGCAAGCUGCCGAGCCGUCAGAGGCUGAAGAAGUUCGUGGAUGAAAUCGGCCGCCGGGAUGACGGCACGCCGUUUGAAGACGAGUUCCUCGUCAGGAGCGCGCAGGAGGACAAGACGGACGUUGUUACUGCGGUGAACCAUGGUCUUGACGUCGUACUGCAACGCAAGUCUCGUAAUCCAGUCACCGGUAUGGUCCUCGUUAGCGAUGCGGCGGAUACCACGCGACGCGCGCAGAUGGACCUCGUGCUCGCCCGUACCGAGGCUGCUAACGUGCCUAUCCACUCGUUCGGCUACGGGCGCUCGCACGACCCCGCGUCGCUCUGGCUCAUGUCCAACCACACAAGCGGCACGUACACGUUCGUGAAGGACUGGUACGACUUACGGGACUGCCUUGCGGGGUGCAUUGGCGGCAUGAUGUCUAUUGGCCUCCUCCACAUGAAGAUGCACAUGAAGAUCGUCGACGGGCAGCGGUUCCGCAUCCGCAAGAUCUCCGGCGGCCCGAUGGCGAUCCUCUCGUCGGAUGGGCGCGACGUCGAUGUUGAGCUCGGGGAAUUGCGCUACGGUGAGCGGAAGGAGAUGCUCAUCGAGCUCGAGCUGGACAAUAGCGACGUCGCGGUCACGCCGACGGCACAAUCGGGUCCGCAUCAUAUGCCCCGGGCGCUGAGCGCGACAGACCAGUUUAACCAGCGCAUGGGUCUCGAUGCCCUGUCCAUCGGGGACUCGCCAGAUCUCGCAGAUGGGAUGAUGGACCGCAUGAUCGACGAGGUGCCCGUGUUCGAGGUCGACGGCUCGUUCUUCGACCCCGCCGCGGCGAAGCACGUCUCACGGCUUGCGCACCCCGUGUUACUCACAGUGACGCUUCUCCCGAUGCCCCACCCAGGCAGUCGUCCACGCACUCCGGCGCCGAACGGAUCGAACCCUGUGAUCGUGCGUCGCCGCAUGGAACUACUUGCGUCCGACAUGAUCACCCGCGCGCUCGUGCUCGUGUCAAGGAAGAAUAUUCCCCAAGCACAGAAGCUCCUCAGCGAAACGCGCCGCAUCUUGCACACUGUGCUCCAGAACAUUACACAGUCGCUGCCUCCACCGAACCCGCAGGGCGGCGCCCCCAGGAACCGCAAGGAGAUCUUGACGCUCUCGGCGGUACGCGCGAUCCAGGCGGUCAUGCAGGACAUGCAAAUAUUGUCCGAAGCGCUGGACGAGAGCGUCGACGUGUUCGCACAUGACCAACGAAACUUUGGUGCGCAGCAGGCAAUGAUUCUGCGCGACCAGAAGAGCUGGAGUGGCCGCAGUGCCAUCGAGCGGCUGUUCUGGACCAUCGACAAUUCGAUCGAGCUCGUUGCUCGUAGUACUGACUGGGUUGCGCGCGAGUGA